GGGGGGGCAGCGCCCAUGGCGGGGCUGGGGCGCGUGCUCGUGCACGUGCGGCGCGGCGGGGAGGGGGGGGCGGCGCGUUUCGGGCAGAGCGUCACCGGCGCCUUCUGCGCCCCGCACGAGGACGCGGCGGCCGUGAGCUGCGGGCUGCAGCGCGGCUGCUUCGUCCUGGCCGACGCCGCCUUCCCCGGCUCCACCGAGACCGUCCUCCGGAGACCCUCGUUCUGCCCCGCCAAGCUCCUGGGGGCGCAGCCGGCCGCCGAGCUGCGAGGCCUUGGCGUGGAGGCCGCGGUGGCCGUGCUGCUGCAGGCGGGCACCGGCCGCAUCCUGCUCACCCGCCGCGCCGCCGGCCUCCGCGGCUUCCCCAACGUCUGGGUGCCGCCCGGUGGGCACGUGGAGCCCGAUGAGGAGCUGCUGGCCGUGGGGCUGCGCGAGCUGCAGGAGGAGACGGGGCUGCGCCUGGCAGCCGGCACCUUCACCUGGAGGCUGCUCGGCCUCUGGGAGUCCGUGUACCCCCCCAUGCUGAGUCGGGGGCUGCCGCGCCGCCACCACGUCGUUGCCUACCUGCUGCUGCGCUCCGAGGAGCCCCACGAGGAGCUGGAGGCCAGGAUCAGCCCCAGCGAGAGCGAGGUGAGCGCCUACGCCUGGCUGGAGCCGCACGUCCUGGAGGCCAUCGCAGCCACCGAGGACGGCGCGGGGAGGUCGGGAAGCGUCCCUGGCACGCUGCCGGCCUCCGUCAGUCACCGCGGGUACGAUACAAGAAGUAAGAAACCUUCCAAGCAGAAUACUGUGCGCUGCUCCCCCGGCCCAACACACGGGCGCGGGUGGUGCUCUGCCUUAAAACUCAGCCAAGGAGCAGUUAAAAAAGGUGCUUAAAAAAAAAAACACAAUUGCUACUUGUGCUGCCUGUCCCCCCCCCCCCCCCCCCCCCCCCCCCCCCCCCCGCCAGCCUGGCCUCGCAUCACGCCCCCCCAGGCCUCUUGCUCCAGAAAUCGGGAACAGAGCAGGGCCACAGGGAGCUGGCGGGGCUGAGCAAGCCCCAGUUCAGCCAGGACACUCAGAAGGCAGCAGGGACGUCGCUGUGAGGGUUACAAACUAAGUUUAAAUACAUAAAUAAUUUGUGCAAUGGGCGCCGCGCAAGCCCCGCUGGGGUCAGCGCAGCCUUCCUUCAGUCCUCGCCUAGGCGCGCCAGGAGGGAAGUCUUUGGAGUUUCCUAUGUACAAAAGCUGCAACUGAAAAUAUAGAUCAUCUGUUCUCUGUA